AUGAUAUCGGCCUCGAUCGCAGCGUCGACAGUCACAGACGACUUGGCGACGCUGUCGUCUGUGCAUGACGACGACAGUCUCGAGGGGAGUACCGUCGAGAUGUCCGUCCAAGACGAGGACGAAGACGACGUUGACGUCGAGUCAAACGGCGACGACGACAACGACGCCGACGAGGCAGGGAGGACUCUCGAUGUGCCCGAAGGCGGCGGCGGUGGCGAGGAUACUGCCGGGAUUCUCCCCCAUGAUGCUGAUACGGCUGCAGCGUGGAAUGCUUCCGCGGCGAGCUCCAAUCCUUCCGGCGGGAGUGGUUCCAGCGAUCGCUCAUUUCAGGAACGCCUCGCCGCAACACUCCGAAAAUACCGGGGGGAACGGCGAAGACACCCCCCCUCGAUCGCUCAGAGCCGCGGGGACAGCCAGGAGCGGCAGCAGCGGCGGGUGUUUUGGAACACGGAGAUGCUGUCCUACACCGUCUACACGGGAGACGAGUUUGGCAAUGUCACCACAUGGGACCUCAAGGAAGUAAUCAUCGGUCUCAUACACAUGUACGGUGGGCAUGAGUGGGCCGGGCACGGGGUGGGUGUGGUGCAAUCGCCCGUGGUCUGCUCGAACGCGUUUCUCAUUGCCCGGCGAGACGCCGAAAGCGCUCUCCGUGAAGCACGGUAUCGUCUGGAUGCCAAAGCGGCGCUGGAUUGGGUUGCCAACACGGACAUCCUCGGUCUUCACAGGAUUGGAUCUUGGGAAGCUCACUCUGAACCUAUAAUUUCCAUGAGCAUGGUCAGCGACCCGCCGACGGUGAUCACGUCCGCAAUGGAUCGUCUUGUCAAGUUAUGGUCUCCGCUGGGGGACCUCCAGGGCGUGCUACGCCAGAAGAACGACCCGGACACCCCGUGGAUUUUUCGGGUCAACAGGCGGGCGCAGGAGGACCACAAGAUAAGAGCGGCGGAGCGUGUUGUCAUGGGGGCAACGUCAAUACCCAGCACGACCCGCCCGGUCGCUGGCACAGCAAAUAACGAAGGAGGUGACUCUAACGAGCAGCCGCUACUACCCUCCUGUCGAUCCCGCAAGGGGCGCAUCAAUACCAUCGACACGGCAACAAAGGCCUUCGGCAGCGCACCGAGCAACAGCGACAAGAUCCCACCACUUCGACUGGAGAAACGCCACAACGCUGUAAGAGAUGAUGACCGCGGCGGUUCCGAUUCGGUGGAAGGGGGCAGUGACGACGGGGGUGCGGGGGGACACGAAAUCCUCGUGGACGUCAGCAGGAGGCCCGCCCGGGCGCACCGAAAGUACGCCGAGGAAGAGCUCGAUCGCUACUGCGAGAGCAGCAUCAGCUCCACAGCAACCAAAGCGGGCCCGUUGCAGUUUGUCUCCGCCGGGUUGUUGGCUGGUGGUGACGGCGGCCAUGCUAGCGGUAGGGGCCUGAGACGAACGCCUCGACGGGUACCUGUGCGACCGGACACCUCCGGGAAGGGUGUGACGAGGGGUAGGAUAGUGGGGGGAUUUGGCGCUAGUCGUCGUGGGUCAGCAUCGCCGAGGGCGGUGCGGGGCCAGCUGGUAGUAAGACAGAGCUUAAGCGCACGAUGA